AAUAGAUACCUGAGUGUGUGGAAUGUAAACGAACUGUGUUUAGACAAAACAUGACCACAAGAUGACGACCAGGCAUUAAUAGUUGCGGUGAAAUGGUAAAGCAUUAUUGUCAGAAUUGACUGAGUUGCUGAACUUGAUAAUUAUCAAUAUGAGUACAGGCGCUAUGGCAAAUCUAAGCGAUGAAGCGUCUAACAACUUUACUGCAGAAUACACAGCAGACCUGAGGGCUUCUAUGUGGAAGAGUGUAAAAGAAGAUAGAGAAAGAUUGUUGUUUGAAAUGGGGGAGUAUAAUGGUUCCAAUAUCAAUGGUUCUGGUGAUGGCAGUCUUGAUGACUUUGAUCUUGAUACAUUAAGAACAAGACGCACUGCAAGGCAGAAAGUUAUUAACCUCACAGCUGAUCAUUCACCAACUUCAGACAGCGGAGUUGAUACAGCCGAAAGUAGAAAAAGAAAUGAUGCGAUUCAAGGAAAUAAUGUUUUGACUGAUUUCCAUGGAAAUCUGAGGUUACCAGAUAAGGAGGUGGUUGCGAAGGACACUCCAAGGACUAAACAACUAAAAGAUUUGAGGUCAAAGAGAUUAGCAUAUUUUGAAAAAAAUAAUUCAAGUAAACCACCACAGGAAGGAGAAAAGGAGAAAAAAACACCAAGAAAGAAAACACCCCGAUCUGGUUUCUCGGUUAAAAACAACAGUUUGGGACAGAAUAAGAAGAUUGAAACUGAAGUAAAACAACAGUGUAAAAAUAUUUUACAUCAGCCUUAUAACAAUUCAUUGGAAAAAAAUAUGACUCCAGAUAAGUUGAAAAGAAGCAAUGAAGUAACAAUUGAUAAUGAAAGAUCAAAAACUUACUUAAGUUUUGAAAAAGGUGCUGACCAACUGAGUGAAAAGGCCAAAGCUGACUUUGGGGUGGUUGGCACAAAUGAGAGGACAAAAACAGAUGAAAAUGAUGGGUCAGAGUAUGAGGCUUUGUUUGAGCAUAGUGUAGAUCCGGUGAUUGACUUGAGAAGCUUACAGAUUGCUUUGAAAAAUGGUGAUGAAGGACUGAGAAAAUACCUGCAGGAAGUUGGAAGAAAGAAUUAUCAAGACGUUGAAAAAUCAAGUCCAGACACAAAUGGUACUGUAAAUGGGGCACAUAAUGCCUUACUCAAGUCUCCUAAAGUGAAUUCACCUAGAACAUUAGGUGAGAUACCACUACAUUCCAGAUUUGAUCAACGCAAGAGUACACAUGUUCCUUCCUCCUUUGCAAGCCCUGCUACAGAUGAACGUAACCUUGACUGUAACUUUAAUCUCAAAACAUUAGAAAAACACAGCCCGUCAGAAAUAAAUUCCCACCAGGUAGGAAUUGAUCCAGCCAAGCAAACCACAAAAGUUUCCAAACCUACUGUGACUUCUUCUCAGUUGGAAAGCUAUGGCUUGUUCAGUGACUUGUUCUCACCACCAGAUGAUGCGACACUCAAGUUAAACAAUGACUAUGAAAAUGCUAACUUUGAACAAAAUAUUCACCUUGCAGAGAAUGGAAAUAGUGCUGAACAUUCAAAAUUCCAUGCACUGACAGCGGACAAGGACAUAAAUUUACAAGCAAGUUAUAAGAAAUCAAGCAAGAGCAGUCAUAAUAAAAAAGUUGGUCAGGUUCAGAUAAGUAAUGAAUUUGACUUGGAUGGUGAUGAUGAAGAUUACAGUGAUAUUGAACUAACAACUCAUGUUGCAGACUUCCGCCCGGUGUCACCUCUGAAAGAAGUUAAAAUCAAUGCCCCACUAGCAGUGAAAGAAUCUUCUUUUUCAAAUUAUGCUUCUGGUAUGGAAAGUUUAAUUGAUGUGGAAGAUGAAAUAAAAGCUCCCCCCAAACCAGCAGGUGUGCCUUCGUUGGAACUUGACCCCUCCACGUCAUCCGAAGACAGUGAUCACGUUGAGCUCAUAGAAUUUUCAAAAGGUAGAAAAAAGAAGAAAUCACAUGGAAAGAAGCAGCUGAAAAAUGACUUUGACACUUUUGAAUUAGCUAAUAGUCUGUCAGAUUUCACAGAAGUGUCUGUGUUGCCUAGAAAGGUGAACAAGACAAAGCAGCGAGUCAUUGACAGCGAGUUAUGGCUCUCAUUAGACAGCAAUAUGUCAGAAGAAAGUGGAAUUGGAAAAUAUACACAUAUUGACAAAAGUGUUUUACCUAAAGGACCAAAAACUAAACCAGAAAGUGCCACAAAGAAAGAAUUUGUUGAAGAUGCCAAUAUGGAAGAAUUAGUGUUAAGCACUCAUAGACCUUCGUCAUCAGAAAAGACAAACCUCACGAGACCUCUAGAUGUGCCAAAUCGGCUACCCCACCGUGAUCCGAUGAACAAGAUGUAUGAUGACUGGCUCCAAGAUAACACUGCCACAGAGUAUUUUAAUAUAUUUCUUCAAGGCAAUUCUAAAAAUGAUGAUCUGAAUACGUCUGUUCCAACUAAAUCAUAUCAUUUACAGGAGUCAGAUGUACAAGUAAGGCAGCCCACUUCCAGGACUGGUGUCUCUGUUGAAGACUUUCUUACUGGAAUUCAACUUCAAAAAUCUACUUCGUCUAAAGGUCUGAAAGCAGGUGCUUCUGUUAUUCAAUCAACAGAUGAGAAGAAACCUUUUGAACGAGGUGACAUGAUAACGAAAGCUGCCAGCAAGAUUAAAGAACCCACCAAACUGCAGUCUAGUCAAAGCAAAGUGGAAACAUACAAGUCUCUUGAGAAACAUUUUUCAGAUGUUGAAAAAAAGCUUGCUGAGCUCGGACUUGAACACUUGAUCAAAGGAAGUAAUAACACUACUGGUGCCGAGACCAGUAAGUCAGCAAAUAUUGAAACUGUUAAAAUAUGUCCUGAGUGUGAUGCUGUGAACAGAGAGCAUAUCACUUGGUGUCUAGAAUGUGGAUGUGUACUCAUAGGUAUAGAGCCAGAACCUCAUCCAGAUAUCGUGAAGGCUAUAUCUCGUAACUAUGCCACUGAAUUACAAACACCACCUUUACAGAAAGACUCUCCACAACUCAUAGCCUCUAAUUCAAAUGAAGAUGUGAGGGACACUCCUAAUUCAGUGCAGAGGGAUAUGCCUGACAUGAAGACUAAUCUACCUGCUUCACCUGCUUUUAUAUCAGCUGAACCGGUUUCUGCUACAGAAUCCUCACCUACGUUUAACACAGUAAAUGCAAAGCAAGUAAGCAAAAGUACACAUAAUUUAACUGCUUAUGAGAAGUACCUUCUUCAUGUAAGCAAUCAACAAGAAGAGAAGCAUCUUGAAAUGGCUCAAGGAACAACCGGCCAUCCAACGUAUGAUGCGCAGAAUCGUGUUGGAGUUGUAAGUAAGAUCCACCCUGCAACUGCAGGGAGCGAAUCUGUCAAGGAAGCUGACUCUCAUUUCCCACGUGUAAGCAAUGGUGUCAAAAGUGAUAUUCCAGUGAAUGAAGUACAUCCACUGUUUGAAAAAUUAUUACAUGAUCCCAGAGUUCAACCCAAGCAAUCAGAUGAUAAAAAACCAAGACCAAGCAGUGCUGGACCACAGAAAUCAGUCCGGGAAAUAGUACAGCCAAGACCUUCAUCUUCUGGCACUACCCAAAGCAAAACAAGACAGUACAUAGAGCAAGACCAAUAUAAGAGACAUUGGAGUAGAUCCAGCACCGCUUGGGAUUCAUACAAUAAAAAUGAGCUCUGCACAUGGUCUAGUAUGGAUACUGCAAGAAAAAUAACCCCUAAACCGAAGCCCACCAGUGCUAAAAGGUUCACAUCUGUGUCCGGCAAAGUAGGAGUAGCACAAAAGCCCAAAUCUACUGAGAUUGGAGACAGCAAAGUACAAAGUUCUAGACCCAAAUCUGCUAGUACCAGGAGAAGAACUGAUGAUACAAGUGGCAAUCAGUCAUCUAGGCCAAACACAAGCAGUGGCUACAGAAGUGUAGGAGAUCAAAGAGAGCAGUUACUUCAAAGUCCAAGGGGUGGACAUGAUGUCUCACUAUGGCAACUAUUACCUGAUGAGCUGUUGUUGACAAUAUUUUCCUAUUUAAGUCACAAAGACCUUGCUGCUUGUACUCAAGUGUGUCUCUUGUUUAAUAGAAUCUGUCGAGAUGAAACUUUAUGGAAGCAAAUAACUCUUGAAAAGAAAUCACUGUGCAAUACUUGGCUGGAACAGAUAGGCAAGAAGCAUCCUGUUAGUUUGUCUUUUUUACAAUGUCAAGGUGACAAUAUAACAAGCUCCGGACUGAGAAGUCUCUUCAGAUCCUGCAGUGAUAGCUUACAGGAGUUAAACAUCAGUGGAUGCAGCCAGGGUGAGUUGACUGGAGAUUCCGUACUAUUGCAUGUUACAAGAUGUCCUAAUCUGAAAUCAUUGGAUGCAAGCUGGUGCAAUGUUACUGACAAUGCUGUGAUGGCAGUAGUUGACAGUUCACACAGAUUGGAAACUAUGUGUUUAAAUGGUUGUCAAAGCAUUACAGAUGAAGCAGUAUUUGCUCUCAUCAAUAAACAUUCAGACAGUCUAGAAGUAUUGGAAUUGUUUGGCUGCUUCAACAUAACUGCGAAUUGUAUUAUAAUACUGGGGAGCUGCUGUAGGAAUCUAGAUACACUCAACCUGGCAAACUGCUCCAAGCUGACGGAUGCAUGUAUAUCUCAAUUAGCAUUGUCUCUUAGCAACAUUGAACACCUUGAUCUCAGGGGAUGUAAGCAGAUUAAAGACACUUGUAUUAGAAAGAUAGUGAGAAACUGCCAUAAACUGCGAAGUCUUGUACUUGCUAACUGUCCUCUGAUCACUGACAAUGCUUUAGUGGAAAUUGCAACUUACUUACCAACAAUAAGGUCUUUAGAUCUAAGCGGAUGCAAGAAAAUCAGUAAUACAGGUGUAAGGUCGAUUGCAAUGAGUUGCCAUGGUUUGAUUCACCUUGAUGUCAGCUCUACACGUAUCAAUCAUAAAAGUGUCUCAACUAUUGCUUGUUACUGCAACAAACAUUUGGAAACGUUAAAAUUAAGUUUUUGUUCUGAUAUCACUGAAGCUAGUGUCAUCAAAUUAGCCAAGAACUGUCGAAAGUUAUGUACCCUGCAUCUUUUUGAGUGUAAAAGUAUUCACAGUAUAGGUCAUGUGAGAUCACUUAAUCCGUACCUUCAAGUUAAACCGUCGAGUUUAAUCUACGAUUCCGGGGUAUUCUAG